AUGGGAUUGUUUUACGAUGUUUGUGAAUCAGUGAAGAAAUCAGAUACUUCUUCAAUUUUGCCAUCACCUGCAAAUAUUAUUAGAACUGCAAAAUGCGCUUCGGGUGGUGAGUUGUUCAAGUUGUUCAUUUUUUGAUGAUAAAUAAUCUCAGGAAGUUCGUCUGACGCUCCAGUUGAAUUUGGUUCUGCCAAAUUCUAUGCGCUUUGCUCGCUUGGUGGAUCUCUUUCAUGUGGUGUGACUCAUUGUGCAAUCACUCCUCUUGAUUUAGUUAAAUGUAGAAUUCAAGUGAACAAAGAGAAAUACGGUGGAAUGGUUCAAGGUUUCAAAGUGACUGUUGCUGAAGAAGGAAUUAGAGGAUUGGGUCGUGGAUGGGCUCCAACAUUUAUUGGAUAUUCGAUGCAAGGAUUAGGAAAAUUUGGAUUCUAUGAAAUGUUCAAAAAUGUGUACAGUGGAAUGCUGGGUGAAGAAAAUGCGUUCCUCUGGAGAACUUCCAUUUAUUUGGCUGCUUCUGCAUCUGCUGAAUUCUUUGCUGAUAUUUUCUUGGCACCAAUGGAAGCUGUCAAAGUUCGUAUUCAAACAUCACCAACAGCUCCACCAACUCUUCGCGCAUGUGCUCCAAUGAUUUACAAAGCUGAAGGCCUCAAUGGUUUCUUCAAGGGACUUCCACCACUUUGGUCUCGUCAAAUCCCAUAUACUAUGAUGAAGUUCACUUGCUUCGAGAAAACUGUUGAAGCGUUGUAUCAAUAUGUUGUUCCAAAACCGCGUGCCGAAUGUUCGAAAUCUGAACAACUUAUGGUUACUUUCACUGCUGGAUAUAUUGCUGGUGUUUUCUGUGCUGUGGUUUCUCAUCCACCAGAUACUUUGGUAUCAAAAUUGAAUCAAGAUUCAAAUGCUACGAUUGGUGGAUUGAUCAAGAAACUCGGAUUUGGAGGAUUAUGGGGAGGAUUAGGACCAAGAAUUGUUAUGGUUGGAACUUUGACUGCUCUUCAAUGGUUUAUCUACGACUCAUUCAAGGUUAGUUCAUUUUUUUUGAUAAAAAAAACGAUUGAAAAAUUUUGUUCGCUAGAAAAACUGUUUAUACACUAAAUUUCACAAAUAUAUUUUUGUUGGAAAUUCAAAAUAACACAGGUUGCCAUGAAUUUGCCACGUCCACCACCACCAACAAUGCCAGAAUCAUUGAAAAAGAAAUUAGAAGCAAAGUGA